GGGGCGCUGUUGCCGUGGCGGCCUCUUCUGCGGCCGUGAUUUCGCCUCCCGAGAAGCCUUGCGCUCAGCAGAGGAUGCUUUCCAAAUGAUCUUUGGCCUCAAAAAACAAACGGGCAAGGACAUUUUCCUCGCGUUCCACAGACGCCGUUUUCCAAAGGGGCUCGCUGUGGCCUAAUCAGCAACGGGAACCUUCCAAGGUUGGCAAAGAUCUCCAAGCUCAUCCGGUCCAGCUGUCCAGCCAUCAACAUUUCCCCACCAAACAAACCGUGUCCCUUAGCACAACAUCUACACAACGUCUGUCUUACUGCUCCUGCAGCCAAAGGGCUCAGGUGCACGGGUUCCCUCCCGCUUUUCUAAGUGGCACGAAGGAAUUUGAACAUAGGUUUCAAGAUUCAAAACGAAACCAGCAGCUUUGGUCUGUUUCUGGCUCCGUUUUCAUGUCACCUUUGCAGCUCCGUUACCCGCAGGGUUUCACGUGGAUUGCGUGGGGUUGCCAUCAGAUCUUCAACUCAACUCAAACAUCUGAUCGUGUCUCGGACCUCUCUUACCAGAGAGAAAUGCCCCUCCCUUCACAAUCACCCCUUAUUCACAUCAUCGCUUUUUCACACACACACACACACAGCCCAAAGCUGUAUACACUGCGCUGUGAACAACGGUUUUCAAGGAUGAAGCACGAGGAGGGUCAAAUUCCAUGAAGCUCUGACAAACACCCUGAGAACGAACACCCUGACAUCUCCCUUCACCGCCAUCGAAGCAGGCCCGUGCAUUAGUUUCACCAAAACAAGGCCAGCUAUCCCACUGGUUUUGUCGCGGAUUUGAUUAGGCUGGAAAAGACCUCAAGGAUCGUCAGCCCUCUGCUGGGGGGGUGGGGGGGGAGGUGCAGAGAAAAGAGCAGAAGCGUCUCCUCCUCACUGCUGCAGAACCGGACCAGGGCGAAGAGCUGCUGUGGUUUAACCCAGCAGGCAGCCCAGCACUGCACAGCUGUUCUCUCACAGCGGAACGGGGCAGAAAAGCCAGAGGAAGGCAAAACUCACGUGUUGAGAUCAAGACAGUUUAAUAGGACAGAAAAGGCAGGGAAAACAAUAAAGGAAACGGAAAAAGGACUCAUCUCUGGGUCUGUCAGCAGCCACUUCUGGCUUGUUAUUCCCUCCUUUCUGCAAGUGCAGAAGUGCUGCGGAUCCGUGCUGAGGUCACAAUCGUUGCUGGGGUGGGAGGGUUUGGCCCUCAGCUGGGGAGCAGAGCUGGUGCUCUGGUGAGCGUGCUGCACGCAGAGACUGAGCUCUGAGCGUUCCUUGCAAGGGAUCAUCCUUUGAGAGCCCGUCAGAAGCACCGCUGUGGCGUGUGUGUGACCUGGGCACAGCCUGGAGUGAGCGGGCCAAAGAGGUGAGCUGGGCUUGGUGCUGGGUGGUUGCUGGAAGGAGUCUCAGCAGGAAAGCUAGGUUGGGGAGGAGUUCCCAGCUCAAACGAGGCCCUUCCAAAUGGCUGUUUCCAGGGGAAACUGAUUCUUUGUGAGAUUCUGUCGCACGUUUCGGUGAGGAUGGCGAACUGUCGUCACUCCCCUGUGCAAUGGUACAGUGCAACGGAAAGCACAGGGAUAAGAGUGGGGUGGCAAAGUCCUAGGCUGCAGCAAGUGAGGAUAAGCCCAAGUGCAGCAGCUGUGGACGCAGAAAGAAAGGAAGAAAGCUGCCGACCCUUGGAAGGCCUCGGGCAGGCAGGGAUCUCCAGUCAGACACCCUCGCCUCCACUGCCACCCCUUCCAUGAGGUCUGGGAAGAGUUUGCAUGCACCUGAGCUCCCCUGCGUUGGCCCUGCCUUCCCACCAGGUGCUCAAUCACCGCUUCAAGCUGUGACCGAGCAUUGCCACUACACCCCUGCAAAAUUGCUGCUGGGCCCCAGCCUUCAUUUCAGACACGCCAAAGGAAGAAGAGCACAGACUUCACGGAGUGCCACUUGUGCUUUACUGACCCACGGAUCGCUGGCUGUGCCGUAUCCAGCAUAUCAGAGAAUCCUAUCAUAGAAUCGUAGGAUAGCUUGGGUUGGAAGGGACCCCAAGGAUCAUCAGGCUCCGAUCUCCCUGCCGCAGGCAGGGCCGCCAACCUCCACAUCUGAUGCUAGACCAGGCUGCCCAUGUGUUACACAAAACCCCGCUGAAGUCAUGGUGGAGAGCCAGGUGCUCAGCUGGGGGCAUGGACUACCUGGUGACAUCACAAGCACGGUGACCUCACAAGCACUGUGUUUGGGGCCAGCAGUGAGCGCCACAGCCGUGAGCGCUGCUCAGGAGCGUGGACACGCUGCGUCAGCCCUCGUCCCGGCUGGCAGUGAGAGUGGUGGUGGCUGACGGGUGCUGCCCGCUCUCGCCGACGGUGUUGCUCAGCCAUCGGGCUGGUGUGUUAGCUGGAAGGGAGAAGGCCUGCAGCUGGGCCUGGGGCUCCUGUCCGAGAGGACACUUUGCGGAUCCAAGCAGUCCAAGAGUGCAGCCGUCUCUUUCCAAGAGCGGGGAAUUCCUUUGGAGAGAAGCCCAACUUGCUCUAAGAAUUUCCCCAUGAGUCGGCAAGGAGACGACUGCUACUUCUACUUCUACUCAACCUGCACUAAGGGAGACAGCUGUCCCUUCCGCCACUGUGCAGCGGCUCUGGGAGGUGAACGAGUCUGCCGACUGUGGAUGGCGGGUUGCUGUUUCAGCAGCAACUGCAAGUUCAGGCACAUGAGAAUUGAUAAGAGGCGCAGUGAGAUUCCGUGCUAUUGGGAGAAUCAACCAGGAGGCUGCCAGAAAGCCCACUGCGCUUUUCUUCACCUGAAGGAACGCGGUGGGAACGGACUGGCCGUACCACCAAGCCAAAAAGCUGACGCGAGUGGCCUUCCUCCAAAGAGCGGCCUUGCAGAAAGUCUGGGGAACCAGACAGAGCUUGAAAAAGCACCAAGGAGAGGUGGACGCAAGGUGGCCGUGAGGCGUAUUGAUUGGAAAACCACCUUCCCCCCAAUGCAGAGACACAAAAGAAAAGCAGCAAGGAUGCAUCCAUCUGCUGCUGAGGGCACGGAUGAGCCCCCAGAGAGGAAACUACCCAUGGCGAUUCUUGCUUCAGCCCCGCCCGAAUACACCUUGGUCAGCGCUGAGGUCAUAAAACUUCCAAGCAGCCUGGAACUGCUGCUUCCAGGAAGGCAGGCAGACUCCGUGGCACAGCCGGAGGUCUCGAGCUCACCAUCCCAGUACUCGCAAGCAGCAGAUGAGACGCAGCAGCUGAGCUGCACAGAGGCGGGGAAAGCACUCGUCUCUGAAGACGACGACGACGACGACGAAGACCUUGAGAAGCUACUGAUGGAAAUGACAGGAGAAGAACUGGAAGGAGAAACUGAUGUGGACGCUGAGAAGGAUGUGGAUGAGCUCCUUCUGGAACUGUCUGACAUCAUUGACAGUGUAACACCGUAGUCUGAUUGUAUAUUUUAGAGCAAACAACAACGACCACCAAUUAAAACCAACCCUGUUCCUUUUCUUUCUUAUUCUGAGGGGACGCUUUUUCUGAAACUUUGCAGUGAGUCUUAAAGCAGAGUCAAACUGGUACAAAUCAGCAGUGACGGCAUUCUGUUCUCCCGAUUUCCCCGCUGGUCAGAGUUCAGGGGCCGUGCAGCCAUUCCCCAGCCCUGGGUGGCUGCCUUCAGCAUCGAGGGCACAGAGCACUUCUUUGGGCACAGAAAGACGCCCACCCGCAAGGCUGAAGCUGAAACUUCUUCCUGCCUCCCCCCUUGGCAAAACUCUGCGUUGGGCUCAUGUGGAAGGGCUGGUGUUCUGAUUCCUUGGACAAUGCCUGCAUCAACCGCAGCGUCAAGCUGCGACCCCCAGCUCCCACUUGCUCCCCCUUCUCUCAGGCCUCUCGGUGCUUGCUGGAGAGCCAGUACAACCAGUACACCCCUUCCCUUGCCCAGCCCCUGCUUGCCGUGGGUAGCAAGGGGCAGGGGCUUGGAGCGUGAGGGCAAUCCCUUCUUGGAUCUGACUCCUGCUUCUCAUCCCAUUGCCCAAGAACAAUCGCGGAGUCACUCGUCUCCUGACAGCCUAGCGCAUCUGUACUGGAUGGUGGCCAAGGGGGUACUGUGGAAUUUGCGAGUCCA